CUUAGCCCGCGGGCCGGGACCAAACGGUCCCGGUCCCUACAAAAAGCCUGUUUGGCCCGGGCCCGCUUGGCCCGUUUAAUUUGGGACCGGCCCGGGACCGUUUGAACCGGCCCACUUGGCCCGUUUAGGCCCGGGACCGGCCCACUUGCCAGCCCUAGCCGUAUAUAAUUAAUUUCCUGGUACAAAGAAAGGUGAAUAACAUUUUCCUUUGGUUACGCCGAAGUUGGGGAUGGAAAGAAAACUCGCGUUAUUACCUGAAUAUAUCCCGGAAUUAUCUAUUUAGUUCGCCAUUUGACCGCUCUUUCUUUUUGUGUGUGUUAUAUUGGAUACAUUGCCUGAAUUUGAUCUAAAACAAAAGGAAAAAGAUGCUUGUACGCACAUUACAUUUGCUAACUCAUGAAUCGAUCAAAAGCUACUUCGAUGAAGCUUCCUUUACAUUCCGUUUUCAUUCAAUUUUCUACUGAAAGUUAUCCAUUCAAUUUGGAAAGAGAAAAACAACAAAGUUUUCAACAAAGAAGAAAGAAGUGCAGACAGCAUAGCCAAGGAAAUAGCUUGUGUCUGUCACAUUAGAGCGUUUGUAGUGUCUAGGAGCUUUGUUUUUAGAGUAGUUGGAUAAAUUCUAUUUGAUUUUGUGCUUCUACUAUUUUUGGUAGAAGGGUAAGAAGAAACUCUCCCUAGGAGGUGUGCUUUUUAGCUCUUAUUAAGACAGGAUUAGCAGAGUGUUUCUUUUGUUUUGAGAUACUGAUUGACAGAAAGCUGAGAUGGCUUAACUGUGGGUUUGUAAUAUAUUCACUUGGUGAUAAAUAAAAUUCUUAAUUACCAAAAAAAAAAAAAAGGUUCUCAUUAAAGGUAUCAUUGGAAUCCAAAAAUUAAGAAUUUCCUUAUUAGGAAUGGGUUUGUUCUUUUUGAAACUGACUAAAAAAGAAAUAAAUUCACAUAAAUUGAAAUGGACGGAAUAUUAAAAACUAAGUGUUUAUUAUGGCUUUUCUUUUUUCCAAAGGACGUUAUACAGGGCCACACUAACUUCAGUCUCCAAAUCAAGUACACUGUCGCUCGCUGAUCUGUAAUGGCCCUUUUGGAAAAGGGGAAAGACCAUAAUAAGUAUUUAGUAAUUAUACUCUCUUGCCUCUAUCUUCUUUAUUUGGGGGGGGGGAAUACUCUCCUUUGAAAAUAAAGUAAUGUAUUAAGAAAUUGGAUAUGUCAUAAUAUUGCAAACCAAACUUAAAAUGCGUUUGAAUAUUUAUUGAAAAAUUGUAGCCAUCAUAGUCAAGGAAUCUCUUUUUCAUUAGCUUAUAAAAUUGGAUAGGGAGAAAUUAAAUUUACUGUUGUUGGUUAUGUUACAACAUUAAGAACUCGAUGAAGAAAUAAGGGUAUGAAGUGUUAGUAUCCUUCCCAACUAUGAUGGAUUAUUAAAUUUGGUGUUAUUGGAGCAGUUAAUGGAGCCAGGUGCAAGGGGGUCUUAUUUGAAGGAUUCAGAGGAGACAGAAAUGUACAAGAAGCAUAAGGAUAACACGGAGUGGUAUACGAUUGAGCACUUAGCAAAAGAUUACAGGAUCAUGAGGCAGAGGAUUCAUGCAAUUCUAUGGCCGAAGGAAUUUGAGGAGGAGGAAGAGAAGAAGCUUGGACGUCCAUUAGAUGAUUCUGUAGAGCUCUUGCUUGAUACUUGCCCAGAGUCAACCUUGAUCAAAUAUGUAGGUGUUGACUUAUCUUCUCAAUUUCAAGGGGCAUUGGAGGAAAAAAUUGUAGAGAAGGAAACUAUGCAUGUGCACUCUCCAAAACAGGAUGCAAAAGUUGGCAUACAAGGAGAGCAUUUAAAUGAGGAGAAGAAGACUAUGCCUUUGCAAUCUCCCAUUCAACAAGCAAAUGUUAUACAACAAGGAGACGAAUGCAAUGAAGAUUUCAGUGAUCUUGAUGAUGGAUCCGACUCUGAUGAAGAAGAUGAGAUGCUAUUGAUUUUGAACCUUAUCUUGCGAAACUUAGAGCAAACUUCAAUAUCUAAAGAAUGGGUGUAAAUAUCACGAAGCAUCUCCUAUUAUCUAUUUUAAGUGAUUAAAAAAAAAAGGAACUACAAUGUGAACUUGCAGAUGAUAAAAUGGAUUAGGGAACGUGAAGAUGAAGAGAAUGGAUGAGAGAAUUUUAGUGAAUUGAAGAUGAAGAGUUUUAGUGAACUUUGUAUAUUUUUUAUAUUUAAUCAUAGUACUCAGUUAGAAAAAUUAAAGUCACAUAUUUUGAUAUUGUUUAACUUUCUAUAAAUAUUACCUUAUCAGAAAGAAAUUGCUAUAAAUAUGUGAACCAUGUAGCUAGGAACUCAUUACAAAUUAUUGAAAAAUUAUUUCAUUAA